GUGAAAAGUAUGUCUUGAGCAACUGCUGUGUGAGCAGUAAGUAACCAUAUGUAUAUGCACACAUAUAAACUUUAAAGCCAGACUAGGAGUUGGAUUACCAGUCACAAAGUUCCUCCAGCAAUAAAGGUUUACAGCUUUGAUUCAGAAGUUAAAAAGAUGAGCGUACUCCUCCUGACAUGCUCUGUAACAGUUCUGGUUCUGAUUGUAACUGUUUUUUACUGGGUGACCACCAAACCAAAACCUGUUAAAGUAACAUGUGACCUUUCCAAGCAAUCUGUGCAAACUAAGAACAGUGAAGGUGCCAGGCGAUGUGCACUUUUGAAGGAUGAUAAUGUGAUAUCUUGCUUUUAUGAUGAUGCCAGAACACUUUAUGAAGCUUUCCAAAGAGGUUUACGUGUUUCAGAUAAUGGACCUUGUCUGGGCUAUAGGAAACCAAAUCAGCCUUAUCAGUGGCUUUCAUACAAACAGGUAUCUGAUAGAGCGGAGUACCUUGGAUCGGGCCUUUUAUAUCGAGGAUGCAAUCCAUCACCAGACCAGUACAUUGGUGUAUUUGCUCAAAAUAGGCCUGAGUGGAUCAUUUCUGAGCUGGCUUGCUACACCUACUCUAUGGCUGUGGUACCUUUAUAUGACACUUUAGGACGUGAAGCUAUUGUAUACAUCAUUAACAAAGCUGAAAUUUCCACUGUGAUAUGUGACAAGCCAAACAAAGUUCAUACUUUGCUGGAAAAUUAUGAAAAAAACCUGACCCCAAUCUUAAAAACUGUUAUUCUAAUGGAUCCAUUUGACGAUGCUUUAAAAGAACGUGGGACAAAAUGUGGUGUUGCAGUUCUUUCACUGAAAGAAGUUGAGGAUCUUGGAAGAGAGAACUUAAAAAAGCCAGUUCCACCAAAACCUGAAGAUAUGUGCAUUGUAUGCUUUACAAGUGGAACGACAGGUGACCCUAAAGGAGCUAUGCUGACUCAUGGGAAUGUUAUGGCCAAUUCAGCAGCUUUCUUCAAAAUAAUUGAGAGCACAUUUAUUCCCAGAACUGAUGAUAUUUCUAUCUCCUAUCUUCCCCUGGCACAUAUGUUUGAAAGAGUGGUGCAGACAGCUCUGUACUGUAGUGGUUCCAGAGUGGGCUUCUUCCAAGGUAAUAUUCAAUUGUUGACAGAUGAUAUGAAGACACUUCAGCCCACUGUCUUUCCAGUUGUGCCAAGACUAUUGAAUCGAAUCUACGAUAAGGUGCAAAGUGGGGCACAAACACCUUUCAAGAGAUGGUUGUUGAAUCUUGCUGUACGUAGCAAAGAGGCUGAAAUUUCCAAAGGAAUUAUUAGAAAUGACAGUGUCUGGGAUAAACUGGUUUUCAACAAAGUUCAGGCUACAAUGGGAGGACGUGUCCGUAUAAUGGUAACAGGAGCUGCUCCCAUCUCCUCUUCUGUUCUGACAUUCCUUCGAGCAGCACUAGGCUGUCAAAUUUUUGAAGCAUAUGGACAAACCGAAUGCACUGCCGGAUGCACCAUCUCAAUGGUUGGAGAUUCCACUGCAGGCCAUGUUGGUGCACCAAUUCCCUGCAAUAUUGUGAAAUUGGUUGAUGUUAAAGAUAUGAAUUAUUUUGCUGCCAAUGGAGAAGGAGAGGUCUGCGUCAAAGGCUCAAAUGUGUUCAAAGGUUACCUGAAAGAUUUGAAAAGAACAGCUGAAGCGAAAGAUUCUGAUGGAUGGCUCCAUACAGGGGACAUUGGAAAAUGGCUGCCUAAUGGAACACUGAAAAUAAUUGACAGAAAGAAGAAUAUAUUUAAACUAGCUCAAGGAGAAUAUAUUGCACCAGAGAAAAUUGAGAAUGUAUAUAUUCGAAGCGCUCCUGUAGCCCAAGUUUUUGUGCAUGGAGACAGCUUGAAGUCUCAUUUAGUAGCCGUUGUGGUACCUGACCCAGAAGUACUUCCGGAAUUUGCCGCAAGUAAAGGAUUCAAAGGCUCCUAUGAAGAACUUUGCAAGAAUCCAGAAGUAAAGAAAAUUAUUCUAGAAGACAUGGUUAAACUGGGAAAAGAAGCUGGACUAAAAUCAUUUGAACAGGUAAAAGACCUUUAUCUACACACUGAGAUGUUCACUAUUGAAAAUGGACUCCUAACCCCAACGCUGAAGGCCAAAAGAUCAGAACUUGCCAAGUACUUCAAAACUGAGAUUGAUCAACUCUACAAAAUUACAUCGGCAUAGUUGUUAAUACUCAGUAGGGAACCUCUGGAUUGUGUUUCUUGUUGUCAUGUUAGAACGCAGAGUUAACCUCAAACUGUACUAUCCCAAAGUCAAUAAAGCACGCUUGCAAAAUAA